CACUUUCUCUCUCUCACCAGCUCCUCCCUGCUGUUCCUGGUAGACUGAGCAGGAGCGCCUGUAGAGGACUAUCAAGGUGCUUUUGGUGACUCUUUACUUCCCAUUUCCUCUUGUGUUUUCUUCUUUUUCACUUUUUCUUCUUAUAAACAGUAACAUUACCUGUUAGAAGGUGUUUUUUUUUUUAUUACUUGGAGCAGUUUCCCUAAGGACCUUGUGGACUUUACGCGUCUCCAAACAGGAUUAAACGCUCCAAGACGCACGACGACAAACAUGACUCUUCCUCGGGACUUUGUCGCUUUUUUAACCUUCAUUAUGGUGAUAAUGAUGAUGAUGGUGUGCCACUGUAAAGCAGAUUGGCCUCCUCCACCCAGAAAUCUGAAAGUUGUAUGGCUCGACAACUUUACGGUGAACGUGUCCUGGCUGGAGCCCGACGGUCUGUCGGGCCGUGACGUCUGGUACAAAUACGAUGAUGAAAAAACUUCUUCUGUGGAUUGCAAGAAAUGGAGAAAUUUCACAGAAAUGCUUCUCACAGAAGAGACCAAUUCUGAUCGCUGGACGUACUUCGUUUGGACCGCUGGACUUGGCCCUCUAGCCUGCAACAGUAGGAAUCACAGCACGAUCAUGAACAUUACCAUUGAAGCCAAAAAGCCCCGAGCCGAAGUGAAGGACAUCAGAUGUUUCACCUCCCUCAAUGAAAGGAACUGUUCCUGGACCCCAGGAAGUCAAUCGUUUAACCUCUCCUAUAGGAUUUGUGGAGCCCCUGACAAUAAGCGUUUAGAAACGUGUGAUCAGCCUUACAGCAGUGCGACGAGGAAUGGUUGUGUCCUGAAAGCUGACGCCGGCGUUGACAUCUGUGUGCAUGUGGACUUUGGAAAUAAGUCAAGCUCCUUUAAAGCUAAACAUGAGAUACAUUCACCUAAGAUGAGCAUCAGAGAAGUUGGAGAUCACCUCAAUCUGAGCUGGACACCUCCAGAGAUCGGAAUAGGUUGUAGCUGGGUAUACAAGGUCUGCUACAAGCGGUGCAAACAGCCCGAAGUGUGUCGGAAUCAAACGAUACAACAGGGAGAGACGCAUCAGAUGCAGAUCAUCUACGAUAGAAGCUGCCGUUACGAGUUCAAAUCCAAAGUCAGCGCGGGUGCAGAUUGCCUGACAGUAUCCAGCGACUUCAGCGAUGUUGUACAUUAUGGUACAAAUGAGCCUCCUGAUGAGACGCUGACUGUGGUUGCCAUCGUCAUCCCCAUCAUCCUGUCUGUCUGCAUGAUUCUGUCCUGCUACUGCUUCAGGAGGCACAGCUCCAUUAUUUGCCCCAUCAUACCAGAUCCUUCAGCAAUAUUCAAGGAAAUGAUGAUGAACGGAAACAAAGAACUUAAGACCACAACAGGGAGUCUGUACACGCCGGUGCCAGAACCCAUCGAACCCUGCAAAAUCACCCUUGUUACCGAAAACAGAGAAAACUCCUGACAUGUACACAUACGCUGUGACGCCUGCAGUGCAGCUGGACUUCCGCUCUGGGCGAAUUCAUCAGGGAACAUUUUUACAGAGUAACUGAAAUGCUUGCUUCCACUGACCUCUUCUGGUAUAAACGUCUGUUGCACGUCUAACAGGUGUGGUGAGAAGUGAGCUGCUUCUGUGAGAAGAACUUCAACCACUAGAGGUCGGCAACAAACAAGAUAUUCAGCUGCUAUUCACUUUUUAAGGUACGCUGCUGAGGCCUGUCUCAUACAGGAUAAGGAAAUGAAUCCUCAGAGCUAUGCCUUAAAAUAAAGCCACAAGGCUUAUGGACCCGGAAAUACAAGCAGGACAAGAAAGUAUUCUCAUGCCUGCACUGUGCUGAUAUCCUCCUGUUGAGCACUGGGGAGGAAGAGGAGGAUGAGGGCGGGCCGUGUGUUUGGUUGGAUAGAGUGGAGGACUACUGUAUUUAAAGGGAGCUCUCCUACUGGUAAGAGGAGCUGGAUAUCUGUUGUACAAAUCUACUGUAAGAGAUGACAAGAGAAUACAAAUAGGAAGAAGGUGGGAGAAAUAAAAGAGGCAUAUGUCUUAGCACGGCGUGAGUCUGGUUUGUUGGAAUGACGAGCAACUGGCAGUAUGACUGUCGACAUGGCAGCAAGACAAUGGGCAGGAAGCAAUAAAUGGAAAGCACAUAGUGAUCCCUAAACUUAAAAUAUGUAGUUAGUUUGUGCACACCUUUUUUCUAGCAAAGAGAACAAUACUAGAGCAGAGCACACAUUAACCACAUUUCAACCUGUCAGUCUGUUCAUUUGUGUGAUGUGAUCUUGUUUGCUCACACCCAAAUCCAAAACGCCAUGUCACCAUUAGUCAUACACUCUUCCUUCCUUAAACCCAGGAAAGCUUCUUUUUUAUUUUUUUGUCUCUUGUUGCUUUGUUACAUUUGCAGACACUUAUUGUUGGGCGGUUGGCGACGAUUUCCCGCUGCUUUAACAGAGAAUAAAGAAAGAGAAAGUGAAAAUGUU